GCCUCGACGCGCACAGUCGCGGCUCGAACGCCGUUCCCUGCGAACGUGUGUUGUCCUCGCGGACCGUGCGCCCGUCCUCGGCGGCGCGAAUGACAUUCCGUUGGUGCUUGGCGAUCGUACGCGAUUUCCAGAGGUACACUCACGACGAGAGGGACCGAUGACGUGAAUGCGAUCGUGAUACCCGAGUCACUCCAAAGAGGCUCCACGACGAGAAACGUCCGAAGAAAUCCAAGAAAUCAAAUCAAACUCGAUCGAGUUCGAGUUUUCGGAGCACUCAGAGCUAAGCACAUGUUUGGUAUUGAUGCGACUGGUGACAACCCACGCGCGCCGAAACAGUGCCUCGCGGCCUUCUCAGGCAGAUGAUUGGUUGACUUGAUCUUGUGAUCGAUGAUUGAGAGACUACGAUCGAUAUUGGCGUUUAGAAUUGUGUACGUGACGUUCUGAAUAGACUGACGUGCCGAUUGGUGAUCAGGAAACGGGACGAGACUGUAGAUCGCUCUAUUUACUCCGAUUUUACUCCGAGACGAUACUUAUCGUAAUGAGUUACGAGCACGUGUGUGAUUUUCCGCAGUCUAGUCAGAGGUACGCGCAGUUUAAUCAUAUAUUUAAUAUUUCAAUCUAACCUAAGCAAAAUUAGAACAGACGAUAGUGAUCAUAGGUGUGUAAAUCGUUUCAAUAUAAAAAAAAAAUGAUCACCCACGCGUUUAUCAUUAGCAUACAGUAGCUAGAAAUUAAGAACUUGUAAUAGUAAGAACCUCCUACGUAAAUAAGCGGACAUUUCAUGCACGUCUGUGAUUUCGAUUGUAAAUAAAUUUUAUGUCAUUUGCGCGAUUAUCAAUAUUUAUCGUAGACAAGGUGCUCCAAGUGACGUUUAGAAGACAAGAAAGACUGACAUUCGGCUUUAAAAACCUGUCAACUUUUCGAUCACAUUCGACUCUUAAUUGAUAAGUGCCAGGACUAAAAUUGACGCUAUGAGUUUGUGAGAAUCCGAGUACAACGCGAUAUGUCACGAAUGGCGGCGACUUCCGAGGCCCAGGAGAAUUAUUGAGGCCCCAGGAGGGAAUGGAUUUUCAGAGCGCAAUGGACACCUUUGUAGAGGCAUGGAUGGCUGCUAACACGAAGACGGAUCAAGUACAGAGCCAAGCGUUGGCAUUGACGCACAAAGCCUCGCCACCAUCGAGACCGAGCAGCGUGUCCUCGUUACCGAGGAGUCCUCAGUCUCAUCAGUCCCAGCAGUCUCAGCCGCAGAACGCACCUCAGCACCCAUCGGUACAUCCGUUGCAAUCGCAAACACCUCUCAGUACACCCCAGACACCGUUCUCUGCGCACAAUCAGCACCCAAAGCAAGAAAUCAACGCCAGUCCCAAGCAGGAAGGCUUCGAUCUCAGCAAAUCCGCUUCCAGUACAGCGAAAAAUCUACCGGUUCAUUGUGUGGUGGAGACGAUUCACAAUAUUGUGGAAAGCCAUGUGAGCAACAGCCGUGAAAAAUGGCGAAGUCCCCAAGUGGAGACGGACUCUUACGUUAUUAUUCCCGUAGCUAUGCCCUUUCAGGAUUUGGUGGGCGAGGCACUUGUUCGUCUGGGAUACUCCAGCGAUCUGAUACCAAGUGCUAGAGGGAGCAUCGUUAUACGUAACUGGAAGCCUUUGCCGAUGGAGAAAGUUGCCGAUGGACCACUAUUGACAGUAGGAGAUAUUUUGGCCGAAUUGACGUCGGUGGCGACUCUGAAGAUUCAGGUGUACAGGUCCAGGCCGCCACCUCCCAGUCCGGCAGCUGAAGUUAGAAAUAAAUUGCUGAGGUUGCUCUUGUUGCACAGCCACACGCUUCUCGUCUCCGCCGGGUGCCCUUUGGACGAGAUGACCCUGCUAUCCCUCUGCCGAGGUGGCAACGACCUGUCAGAAGAGACAAAGAGAAAUUUCGAAACGUGGCUGCAGCAACAACAGAUAGGUCUAGGUAUAAAUCCAAUAGCACCAACUUCCAAUCACCAUCAUCACAAGACCAGGAUGAGGACCAGCUUUGACUCGGAGCUCGAGUUGCCGCGUCUCCAGCGUUGGUUUGCUGAGAAUCAACAUCCGUCGCGCGAACAAAUACAGCAUUAUGUCGCGGAAUUGAACUCUCUAGAGUCGCGCCGUGGCAGGAAACCACUGGACGCGAAUAAUGUCGUGUACUGGUUCAAGAACGCCAGGGCAGCGCAGAAGAGAGCCAGCAUGAAUGGCUGCAGUCCACCUGGGCUUAGCCCGAGGGGCGCCAGCAUCGUUAGCGAGGACUGCACGGACGAAGAGGAGGACACUAGGCAUCAGUCGACAUCGGGGUCACCCUGUCCACCGAGUAGUCCACCUGUCGGUCCAUUGUCCUUGACUACAAGACCCGAGGAUCAGCAACAACCGCCGACAUCUGCUCCAGCCUCGGUAAAGCAAGAGGACGCGAGGGUUUCCUCUGGUUCCGAGGACGACGAGACCAGGCAUACGGGCCCCAUUCCGCCAGGAUUUUCCUUGGUACCCAGCCCCAUGUUCGGUCACGGUAUAAUGUAUAUGUCGCAUUAUCUGCCGCCGCGCGGACCUGCCGGUUGUCCCACCAGCAUGCUAGCCGACGAGAGAAGGAAGAGGAACCGGACGUUCAUCGAUCCCGUGACGGAAGUGCCGAGAUUAGAGUAUUGGUUUAAGCGGAGCACUCAUCCAAGUCACGCGCUCAUUCUGUCGUACACGGAGGAGCUGAACAAGAUGCCCUAUCGCCAGAAGUUUCCACGUCUGGAGCCGAAGAACGUGCAAUUCUGGUUCAAGAACCGCAGAGCCAAGAAUAAGCGGCUGAAGAUGGCUCUGUUCGAGGGCGAGUCGCCGCAACAGCAUCCAUAUCACGCCGACUAGUUAAUUUCCUUAAAUAACAUUGACUAGAGAAGCGCGAGAGAGGCCUGGCCUUCGCAGCACGGAAAUAAAAGGAAAUCGUUAACCGACUUGUUACUCCUUACUAUCGUUGACACGCGGUUUUAAACGUUUACCGGCCGCACAUUCAUUGUAAUUAUCACGUAACAAUUAAUAUAAUUAUUAUGGACUUUCAUGAGUGUAAAUACGAGGUGAUGUCAAAUAAAAAGUAUACG